AUGUCCCACCCCCCUGCGCGCGAGGACGCAGAGGAGCAGGCGUUCUUCGACCGCGUCACGGACUUCCAGAAGCGCAAUUUUAAGUUCGUCCAGGUCGCUGCCGCAGCGGUCGGCGAGACCAAUGGCGACAUGCCCAUGCCCGACUGGCCGGCUCCGGACGGAGGCUGGGAGGCCGAGGUCGUGCGGAUGCUCGAGCAAGGCUACUACCCCAACGGGCUCGUCGAAUUCCAGUCGGACAAGUUUUCGCCACUCCACCACGCCGUCGUUUGCAACCACCAGUCCAUGUGCGAGAUCCUUCUCGCCCAUGGCGCUGACGUCAACCUGAGCAGCUCGUUCGGCGACUACGAUCAGACACCGCUCCACGACGUGCAGAACGAGGCGAUCUGCAAGCUCCUGCUUGACGCUGGCGCAAUCGUCAACGCUCUCGGCGCGAGCGGCGACAGCACCUUGAUGACGGCUGCGGCCCGAGGCGACACGAAAGUU